AUGGAAAGUAUCACAACUACAAAUGAACUCAUCAGUAGUAACAAGCAACAGCAACAGCAGACUUUGACAUUGACAUUGACAAAGAAAGAGUUGUUUGGUAUAUUGUUGGUGGAUGCAUUCAGACAUCAACUAUAUCCAUAUAGGACAACGAUAAAGAAGGAGAUAACAGAGUUCCUCACACAAGCAUUCACAUCAAUGUCAUUAUCACAAUGUAUAUUGAACUAUUUAAUAUUCGAUAAUAUAGUUGGCAAUGGCUCAUCCUCAUCCUCAUCUACGUCUUCUCCAACUCUUCGUGGUCAAUCUAGCCCAUCAAUGACGUUGCCACAACAACAAGAGGUGGUAGACUUGACAUCUCAAUACCUACCAAAGAUCAAUAAUAUAUGGAGUAAUGUUGCGGAUUACUUGGCAGAAGUGCAUAGAGAUGACCUGAUUCGAUUCAGGAAUCAUUUCAGUAGAUUGACUUCAUCAUCAGAUCGUGUACAAUCAUAUAACAACUAUCAUUCAGAGUUGCUACACAAUGUUGUACUUCCCAGCAAGUUCAAUGACAUCCUUGCAUCAGAUGAUUACACUCACGUCCUCAAUCAAAGUGUUGAGACAAUAAUAAUACAGAGCAUAUAUAUAGACAUAUUCCCUUACAACUUUGAUGAGGACCAACGAUUGAAGGAACGAAUUGGAUCACUAUCAUUCAUUGAGCCAUCACACUUGGAUAUUGAUCGACUUCAACAUCAAUCACCUUUGAAGAAGAAGAGAUUCUUGUCAAAGUCAAUGAUACAAUUGAUAUCGAUCAAUGGUGAUGAGUACUUGUUGCCAAUGUUCAUUUAUCUGUUGCUCAAGAAGAAUCCACCCAAUCUGUACUCGAAUAAGAUGAUCAUUGAGUUAUACUCCAACGACUAUCAUGACACUAGUUACGAGCUGUUCGUCACUACAUUCUCCCUGGCCAUCCAAUUCAUUGAGAAACUCGAUCACUCACAUCUGUCCAUUGACAAGGCAACAUUCAAUCGUCUCCUCAAGGCCUCCUCCUCUUCCUCCACAAGCUCAUCAAGUGUUGGUGAGCAACUUGACACAGCCGCGAGCACAAGCACAAGCACAAACACUAGUACGUUCACCAGUCCCACAAUCAAUGGCGCCACAAACACAACAGAGUCUGGCCUCAAUGAUCAAUCGUUGGAAAAUGGAAUGAUCACAAAGGAACAUGUUACAUCAGAGAUAAAGAUGCAACUUCAGAACAUCAAGCAGUAUAAACAGGUGAACAAUCAUUCAGCCAUAAUAGAUACUUUGUUACAGAUGAUUAGCAAGGAGAAGCAUGAGAUUGAAGAGUUCAUGCUCAAGUUGAUAUCGACAUCAUUGAUCGCUCAAUCAUACUUCUCAACAAUACGCUCGUCACUCAAACGUCUGUUUGUCGAGUUCCUCGGCGUCAACUACACUGUCUUUUGCCGCAUCGAGAUGGAGGUCAUUGGAUCUCUGCAGGACACCAACGAAGCUGAUGGCGCGCAGACACCUGCGAGUGUUGGAAACGAGAGAGGCGGUGGGCUCAAGGCAGCCAAGAUAGCUGGCGCCGCAGUCACUGGUGCCGUCAUCGUCGGAUUGACAGGUGGACUGGCUGCCCCAUUCGUUGGCUCCGUGCUCAGUGCAAUUGGCGCCGGAUCAUUGGUCUCUGGACUGGUAUCAUUCACUGGCGUGAGCGGUGCCACUAUGUUGUCCGUCAUCUUUGGUGCUGCCGGCGCUAAAGUGUCCGCCGACAAGAUGAUUGCGGCAACAGCCGGCAUCCAGGACUAUGCGAUUCAUCGUGUCAAGUCACAGACCUCUCUUCAUGCGAUCAUAUACAUAGACGGCUUUGCGGUGCCGCCCAGCUCCACCCCCUCAGCAACACCGUCACAGCCACUUGAGACAUGGGAACGAAUGGUACGACGCGCCACUGAGGACUUUGGCGACAUCUUCUUGAUUGACUAUGAGCGCGACAACAAGUUGAAGUUACAAUCAAUCAUUGCCGAGUACCAGAACAAGUUGAUGCACACUGUGAUCAAAUCGGCAGCAACCAACAUCAUCUCACAGAGUCUGGCACAUGCAUUGAUCCCGCUGUCCAUCCUAAAGAUGGCUGAUGUCCUUGACAACCCUUGGACCAUGCUAAAGGAUCGCUCAGAGAAGGCUGGCCGCAUCCUGGCUCAACAGAUACUCGAUGGCACAUUUGGCAAGCGACCACUCACACUCAUUGGCACUGGUAUGGGCGCAAGACUAGUUUUUUAUUGUCUUGAAGAGUUGAACAGGUUGUCCGCGAGCGAUCCAUUCGCCACGUCCUACGUCGAGAUGGCUGUCUUCAUCGGCUCGCCAAUCCCCUGUGAUCCCAAGAGAUGGUCCAAUCUAAGUAAUGUUGUCAGCGGAAGGAUAGUCAACAUGUACUCGCCAAAAGAUGUUGUGCUGAAGUAUAUAUGUCGAUCGGCGCAUUUCUUCUCGGAUGGAUUGUUCCCGGCUAGUGGCGUGGCGCCUAUCCACGUGCCAACUCUAUCGCUGGUGAUUGAGAAUGUUGAUGUAUCGUGCAUGGUCAAGCGACAUCUUGACUAUGAGAAGGAGGGCAUCGUCAAACGACUUCUAGAGUUUGCAGGCAUCAACAAGGUUGAGUACUGUCAGCCCAAGAUACCUCCUUUAUUCAGUGGCAUAGUGUACCAUCUGUAG